GUGUAAUUUUGAUUCACUACAAUUAGGAAUAUUAUACGAUGGCGUCUCAACAAAUGUUGUACAAACCAGAGGGAGCAUUAUCACCAAGUGACGAUGCACUUUUGGAUGAACCAAUGGAUACUGAUAAAGGUCCGUCUACUAGCUCAAAUGCUUGUGAAACUGGUUCUAAGACCAAGGAUAGGUCUAAAUCUGGUGAUAUAGGAUCAAAGAAAUCCCGAAAAUUGUCUUCAAAACAAGACUUUUCCGACAAUAGCCUCCAGAGUUUGACUCAGGCUAUAACAACCUCAAUAUCCAGUGGACUGGGUGCAAUUCAAAGCACCUUGUCGGGUGUAAUGACUUCGUCCAUUAAAGACCUGCAAAAGUGCAUACAGCAUUCUCAAUAUGCUGAGGAUGAAGAUGACUUUGGAUAUAAUGAUGAGGAGGAUGAAAUUGACGAGGAUCAAUUCAAUGAUGAUACCGAUGGUUGUGAACCACCACCUAGAAAGAAACCUAAGGUUUCUGAUCAGGAGGAGCAAACGGAUGAACCAGCUAGGAAAGCCUCAUCACUGAUGCAAAGCCUCCAAGCGAAGGUGAAAACCCAUGAAGAAAUGGGCCCACCAUUGAGUGAUGGAGCGGCUGCUCUAUUAAAUGAUCUCAUACAGUCAAAUAUGAACGAUGAUGAUGAAAAAUUAAAAUUUGACAAAUAUAAAACGCCUUCUAAUACCCCCAAUGUCAGCACGACCAAGGUCAAUGAGCAAAUUUGGUCACGUGUAUCUGCUGAUGUCCGGUCGAGUGACAUCCGCUUACAGAAAACACAGGCUCCACUUAUUAAAGCUACGAUCGCUUCAAUGCGUGCAUUAGAAAUGAUCGACGAGUUAAAGCAGAAUUUGGCCUCCGUCUCUGAUGAUUAUGAUGAUACUUUGGGCAAAAUUGCUGAACUCAUGUACGAUAGCAUUGAACUUUCUUGCAGUGCUAACUACAAGUUUAACCUUCGACGCAGGGAAUUAUCAAACCUGAAAUCAGUCAAAACUUUAAGCAUCUCUGCGCGAAGUCAGUCCCUAUUACUACUUACCUGUUUGGCGACGACAUCACGAAACAAGUUCGUGAUAUUGCCGAGAUGA